AUGACGGCGUCAGCGUCCGCUGUCACGUUGCGUGGGAUUCCGCAGUGUCAUGGGAAAAAUGUGGAGCCAACUGCGCGACCUCGAUCCGCCAGUGAAAGCGGUACGGUGCAAAUCUCCUCGGUGACGUCGUCGCACACCGCCAGCGAGCCAAGGCGGAGUGACUCCAUCGCCGAGACGGAGUCUGUGGCGACAGGAACUCGUGUGGGCGAUUGGGAUGCUGCUGCCAGGCGGGGAACUGAAAACUGUCUGAGGCCAUGCUCAGCGGCAGGACACUCCGCUCGGCAGGUGCAUGCAAGGCUGCCGGCAGCUGCGCGGUGA